AGGCCAUGGACGUGCUGGGCUGGCUGCUGCCCGCGCUCCUGCUGCUGUGCGCGCAGCCGCGCCGCGGGGCCAGGGCGAUGAAUGACAUUGGGGACUAUGUGGGUUCCAACCUGGAGAUAUCCUGGCUCCCCAACCUGGACGGCUUAAUGGAGGGCUAUGCCCGCAACUUCCGGCCCGGCAUUGGAGGCCCCCCUGUAAAUGUGGCGCUUGCCCUCGAGGUAGCCAGCAUUGACCACAUCUCAGAGGUGAACAUGGAGUACACCAUGACCGUGUUCCUACACCAGAGCUGGAGGGACAGCAGGCUCUCCUACAACCACACCAAUGAGACCCUGGGCCUGGACAGCCGGUUUGUGGACAGGCUCUGGCUUCCUGACACCUUCAUCGUGAACGCCAAGUCAGCCUGGUUCCAUGAUGUGACUGUGGAGAACAAGCUCAUCCGGCUGCAGCCCGACGGCGUGAUCCUCUACAGCAUUCGGAUCACCUCCACAGUGGCCUGUGACAUGGACCUCGCCAAGUACCCAAUGGACGAGCAAGAGUGCAUGCUGGACUUGGAGAGCUAUGGCUACUCUUCUGAAGACAUUGUCUACUACUGGUCUGAAAACCAAGACCAGAUCCACGGGCUGGACAGGCUGCAGCUGGCCCAGUUCACCAUCACCAGCUACCGCUUCACCACCGAGCUUAUGAACUUCAAAUCGGCCGGCCAGUUCCCUCGGCUCAGCCUGCACUUCCAGCUACGGAGGAACCGGGGUGUCUACAUCAUCCAGUCCUAUAUGCCUUCUGUCCUUCUGGUCGCCAUGUCCUGGGUCUCUUUCUGGAUUAGCCAGGCAGCAGUGCCUGCCAGGGUGUCUCUAGGCAUCACCACUGUGCUGACAAUGACCACGCUGAUGGUCAGCGCCCGCUCCUCCCUGCCCCGGGCAUCGGCCAUCAAGGCGCUGGAUGUGUACUUCUGGAUCUGCUACGUCUUUGUGUUCUCUGCCCUGGUGGAGUAUGCCUUUGCUCACUUCAAUGCAGACUACAAGAAGAAACGAAAGGUCAAGGUCAAGGUCACGAAACAGAGGGCAGAGAUGGACAUAAGAAACGCCAUUGUCCUCUUCUCCCUCUCUGCUGCCGGGGUCACCCAGGAGCUGGCCGUCUCCCGCCGGCAGUGUCGCGUCUCUGGGAACCUCAUGGGCUCCUAUAGGUCAGUGGAGGUAGAGACAGGAGAGACGAAAAAAGAAGGGGGGGCGCCAAGGGGCCUCCGCGCCAGGUUCAAGCCCAUCGACGCAGACACCAUCGACAUCUAUGCCCGUGCUGUGUUCCCUGCCGCCUUCGCGGCUGUCAAUAUCAUCUACUGGGCGGCCUAUACCAUGUGA